AUGAUAUGGGUAAGUAGAAUUUUAUCGUUAACACGCUUUUUAUGUAUUUUAGGCAAAAAUAAAUAUAAUAUAUUAAAUUUGUCUGCACUUGAAAUUAUUCAACUUUACAUAAUAUUAUGAUUUAUAAUGACGUGUAGAAACGCCUUUGACAACCGCAGUGUAAAAACGAAUAUUAGUGUGUUUAUUCGUUUGUUACGUGAUAAGGAUAUAGGUACUUACGGAAAAUAUUGAUAUUUAUUUAGUUUGAAAUAAUAUAAAACGACAAUUUUCAUUGGUGACUCGUGCCGCGUGUGGUAUCUAUACAUAUUUUAAAAUGUUAAGUGCGUACAAGUUUUUUUAGUCUAUAUAGAUUAUAGAAUAUGUCAAAUGCUUUAUAGAAUUAUUUUUUAGUGUAUAGACAAUCGCAACACGUUUUCGUAUAUAACAUUGCGCUUCAAAAAUAUUUCUAUAUAACUAUUAUUUUAUAUGUCUCAAAGACGUUAAUAUAAUAUACACAUUGUAUGUUUUUUAAAAAAUAAAUUAAUAAUUUAUAUUUGAUUAGGUAUUUGUAUUAUUUGGUUAAUAAUUUCGCCGAUAUCAAAAUACUAUAGAAGUUAACAUAUUAAAAAAAAAACCUAUAGUUAAUACAGGCGCGUACUGGCCCACCGGGAUACCGGUUUAUAAUGUUAAAAUUAUUUGAGAUUUGGUGUGCUGUUAUGUACAAAAAAGUAAUAAUAUUAAGACAUGAUUUUUANAACUUAUUACUAACUAUUGUCAUAAUAAAACAUGAGUUAAUUAGUGUUACGUAUUCUUAGUCGUAUUUUUAAUCUAAAUCUAAAUUUUUUAAUCUGUUGGUUAUUAAUGUUAUUAUUAAUUUUGUAAUUUAUUUAUCAAUAAUGUAAAUAUGUAUAAUCGUUUAUUAAAAGAUAUUACUAAAUAAUAUAAUUUGGAUAGUCUAUUCUUAUAUUGUUUACUUAUAAAUAGGCCCAUAUCGAGUUUUAUUUUCAUACAAGAAUAAGGAGUACAUUAUUAUUUUAUUGAAUAAUUAAACUAAUUCAAAUUAAUUCUCAGAAAUAAUACAUUUUCCUUCAUUUUAAUAAUUUUAUUCAAUCAGGUCGGAAUAUAAUAUUAUCACCGGUGAACUAGAAUGUUGUUUUACAAACGUAUUAUAUUACUCAUUAUUUUAUUUAUAUUUUUAUCGAACAUUUAAUCGGUAGGUAUAUUUUUAAAUUUAAAUUUGUAUUUAUAGUUCACAAUGGAACAGAAUAAUCAAAAGAAAAAAAUCCAAAAAAGUGGCUUUCUUAAACGAAAAGAGCAAAACAAAAAAUGUCUCGAUGAAAUUGCCUCUAAAUCUAAAAAAAUGACAAAUUUUUUCACACCCACUGUUUUAAAUCAGGAUUCCGCUAAACUGAAAAAAAAUCAAAAUCUAGAGUCAAAUCAGAUUGAAUUUAUUUCUGAAAAAGUUUUAUCAAAUUCACCGCUAAUAUCACAAGUCCACAUAACAUCUAAUAUUGAUUCAACUACUCGUUGGCGAUGUAAAAGUGAUUCAGUACAAAACAUAUUUGGUCGAGCUGAUAUGUGGAUAGUUGAAGCUCAACACGGAGAACGGAAAUCUUUUAUAUAUGUUAAAAUAGUUCUAUCCCUUUAUGAAAUUUCACAAUCCAAUGAUUUUAAUGUUAAUGUUAGAAGUAAUGCACGAAGUUUGUUGGGUCGCCUUACGAGCUAUGAGACCACAUUAACAGCAAUGACGUUUAUUCAUAUAUUUAAGUUGACAACUCCACUGUCUGAUUAUUUACAAACAUCAAAUCUUGAUUAUAUCCAAGUUUAUAAAAAAAUUGUUGUUACAGAGAAAUUAUUAAAGCAAAAUCAACGAAAUUUUACUCCAAUAAGUACAGCAGCUAAGAUUUUUAUUAAUUUUGUCUCUGAAAAAAUUUGA